AUGGCCUCGCCGAAUUCUCUCUCCACCGCCCAUACGACAGCUCUCCAUCGCCAACAGUCCCGACAGAUGUCCCGCGCCUCUAUCUCUCGCACUGGGUCCAGACGCACCUCCCCCGAAAUCGACAACCCUCUCACUCGUCGAAGUAGCGCUGCAGUGGUUUCCAGACAGUACUCCACCGGCGAUAGCUCCGAUGACGAAGUUCCAGAACCGAAGUUCAGCGCGUCUGUCAAGGCUCUUCUUGACGAGGAUGACGUGAAUGCUUCCCCUCGCCUACGAAAUAGAAAUUCAAAUGACCACCCUCGAAAUAUGCGCGUGGGAUCGGCUGCAUCCAGUAAUGAAAGGCGAUCUCGAACCACCUCGCCACUGGAUCAAUCGAACGGCAGCCCUGCCCCGCGAGUAGUUCGCAUAGGUUCUGCUCUGGGCAGCGGCUCGAGAUCAAGAAGGGAGGGGUCUCUUCUGUCAAGCGGUGAAAAUGCAGAGCCAGAGGUGGAAUCUGAAGCAAAGAAUCACUCGAACGAUUUCAUCACACCCGGCCCAAGAACGCGCAGCGUCCGGAUCAAUGCGUCGCGUAGUCACACGCGCUCUCCCACGUCCCUAUCACCAUCUGAAAAACGAUCCGUCAGCCGCAGCCCUCUUGGUGAACAAUCAAGUGCUGAACGCCUCGAAGACGAAAGAAAAUCUAGACACGAGGACUAUGCCCCGCCCGUUGGGACGUCCUCUGUACUUCGUUCUCGAAAUCCAGAAGACAUUGGCAUGCAAAGUUCGUUGCGCGUGAAGAGAGUCGGCAGAUUGACGGGUACAUUUCUCAAUGGGCCCGCGAGACGCGGCGUGCUGCGACGCCAGAGUGAGGAGAACCAAUCUCCCAGCUAUCUCUCCGACUCCAAAGAAUCCGAAGGGGCAGACCCAAACGCUGAAUAUGGUUAUAAAAGCAGCGUGAGAGCAUCAUCCCCCAAGGUAUCCUGGGCGGAUCCCGAACCACAACAAAAGAGCACAGAUUACCGUCUCGCCUCGUCCGGUGAUGGACCAUUCUCUAGGUCCUCCUCGCCGAAAUCAUAUGCAUCACAUUCCAAAUCCACUCCAGGAUCGUCUUCCGAUGCGUCCUCAAAGCCAUCAAGCUCAAAAGAGCCCAUUUUCAAAGUACCUCCUCCCCCAACAUUGCCAUCCGCCCGUGAUCAAGAGAAUGAACCUCCACCAACAUUUAAGCGAGCCAAGCCACAGGGUUUCAAUUUCCUUGAUAAACCGGAGAAGCUUUCCGUCAUUUACGGAGAUGAGAAGAAGGACCAGGAAGCCCCAGCGGGUAAUUCCCCCAGGAAGAUCCUGUCUAACCGGAGCAACAACACCCCUCACAGACCGGCGCCCCCUCCUCCAAAGAUGUCUGUUCUAGAGACUGCCACUGCGACAGGAGGAGCAGCUACUGCAUCCCAGUCUCGCAAGAAACGAAAUCAGGUCUCGAUCAAUCACAAGCCGUUUACACGUUUGGAUUGUAUUGGUCGCGGAGGUAGCUCACGCGUCUACCGGGUUAUGGCGGAGAACUACAAAAUCUUCGCGCUAAAGCGUGUGAAUCUGGAAGAUGUUGACCCCACCACUUUGGCUGGCUACAAGGGCGAAAUUGAUCUUCUUAAGAAGCUAGAAAACAUCGACCGCGUCGUACGACUGUUUGACUGGGAACUCAACUCGGACAAGCAUACUCUUAGCGUACUGAUGGAAAUUGGGGAGUCGGACCUGGAGAAGGUUUUGACUUAUAAAUUGAAUGCUGAGGACGCCAUGUUUGACGUCAACUUCACCCGAUACUACUGGAAGGAAAUGUUGGAAUGUGUCCAGGCGGUCCACGAGCACAACAUUGUGCACUCCGAUUUGAAGCCCGCUAAUUUCCUCCUCGUCCAAGGCCGACUCAAGCUUAUUGACUUUGGAAUUGCCAACGCUAUCCAAGACCAUACCGUCAAUGUACACCGGGAACAGCAGGUUGGAACGCCAAACUACAUGUCUCCUGAAGCGCUGGUCGACUCGAAUGCGUCUCUUGGGUUGCCAGCAAGCGUUGGGAAGAUUAUGAAGCUCGGCAAGCCGAGCGAUGUAUGGAGUCUGGGCUGUAUCUUGUACAAAAUGGUCUACGGCCAGCCUCCCUUUGCCAAAAUCUCCAAAUACUUGGAGCGUAUCCUGGCCAUUCCGAAUCCCAAGGUGAAAAUCGAUUUCCCAGCUUUCGGGAUUGGCGGUGUCCAAGUCCCUCCAGGACUCAUUCGAACAUUGAAGCAAUGUCUGCAGAGAGAUCAGACCUUGCGGCCAAGCAUCAGUGAACUCCUGAGCCAACAAGACCCAUUCCUAUAUCCUGAUGCGCAGCUUGAAGGUGCCGUCCCCAUCACUCAGGAUGUUUUGGGCAGGAUUCUGAUCAACGUGGUCAAUCACUGUCGAGUUCGCGGAGUGCCCAGCGAUGAGGAGCUGGCUGCCUGGCCCGCAGGUUUUUUUGCAAAGAUUAAAUCAGCCUUGGAAGAGAAUCCCUAA